CUGAAUGUAACGUAGACGUGUUGUUCGUGGUUAAUCAACAAAACCGGUAAAACGCAGAUGCUGUAGCUUUCAAUAGUUAAAUAUUGAGUUGCCUCUGGUUUUGAUUGAGAACAUAUCUAUUUUUCUCUUGGUAGUAAGUAUUUGGCAAUGGCAGGAGAAAUGUCAAUUUUCGGGGGCACUAUUUUGGCUCUGUUCCUUGCAGGCUAUCUGGGUCAACAGUACCUGCCUCCCCCAAAGCCCAGGGUGAUUGGUCUGGAUCUGGGGACCACCUUCUGUUCAGUGGGGGUUUUCCACCCGGGCACAGGGGAGGUGGAAGUGAUUGGAGAUGAAGAGGGAAGGAAGAGCAUACCCAGUGCUGUGUCCUUCACUACUACUGAGGUACUAGUGGGCCAUGAUGCCCAGGACCUGGCUGACAGUAAUCCUCAAAACACCAUCUAUGAUGCCAAAAGGUUCAUUGGGAAGCUGUUCGAACAGGAGCUCCUAGAGCAGGAAAGUGCUCGAUACCCGUUCAAGGUGAUAAACAACAAUGGUAGUGCUGAGUUUCUGGUCUCCACCAACCAAACCUUUACGGUGACCCCGGAGUUCAUUGGGUCUCGGCUCCUGCUAAAGAUGAAGAAGAUGGCAGAACGACAUCUGGGAGUGCCCAUUCAGAGGGCAGUCAUAUCUGUGCCAGCAGAGUUUGACGAAAGGCAAAGAAAUUACACUAUCCGGGCUGCUAAUCUAGCUGGGCUGGAGAUUCUCCGAGUUAUCAAUGAGCCUACGGCUGCAGCGAUGGCCUAUGGGCUGCACAAGGUGGACGUGUUCAACGUGCUGGUUGUUGACCUGGGAGGAGGCACUCUAGAUGUUUCUCUGCUCAACAAACAGGGGGGCAUGUUCCUCACUAGAGCCAUGGCAGGUAACAACAAGCUAGGAGGCCAGGACUUCAGCCAGAGGCUCCUCCAGUACACCAUGGAACAAGUCCACCAGCAGUAUGGCCUCCCCCCCACCCUCAAAGAGGACAUCCACCGCCUCCGACAGACUGUGGAAGCGGCCAAACUCAACCUCACCCUGCAGCCAAGCGUCCAGCUCCAGGUACCCCUCCACCUGGAUGCCCCCGAGAGCCUGGAGGUUCCCCAAGGCUCCACUAAAGGACCAGUGCUUUUCCAAGCCGUCGUCACCCGCGAGCUGUUCGAGGAGCUCAAUGCUGAUCUCUUCCGGAAGAUUCUGGACCCUGUCGAGACAGUGCUGGCUGAGGGCCACCUUGGGAAGGAGGAGGUGGACGAGAUCGUCCUGGUCGGGGGUUCCACCAGGAUUCCACGGAUCAGGAGGCUGAUCAGUGAAUAUUUUGGGAAGGAGCCCAAUACGUCUGUGGACCCAGACCUGGCCGUAGUGACUGGGGUGGCCAUCCAGGCAGGCAUCAUGGGGGGCUCCUGGCCCCUGCAAGUCAGCGCCAUAGAAAUACCCAACAGACUACUGCGCAAGACGAACUUCAACUGACAGCAUCGCUUGCUGCAGGGAAAGAUGGACUUGUUAAAAUCAUGUUAAAAUGAUGGUCUGCUGUUCAACUGACCAUGCUUCUCCAUAUGACUAAUUGUUUGCCGAGUUAACAUCUCCAGCUUUAUUGGGUACUGAAAUGUCAUGGCCCCUUUUGAAGCUUGGAUACUGGAGAACACCAUCUCAUGUUGUAUUGAUUGUUAUAGAAGAUUUCAGUCGUGUUAAAUUCAGGGAACAAUAUUUUUCAAAUGAGGCCAGCCAAUACACAUGCUAUUUUAUUACCAUU